AUGAAGCUGCUCAACUCUCUUUCCACUCUUACUUUGAUCCUUCUCCAAACCCUUCCCACAAUUGCCCACGAUGAAGAUGAACCAGAAACCAAUAGAUCAAGCACCUCACUUCUCUCCUUGACAACUUCGUCGCUCAACAUCAAAGCAAACGCUUCAAAUAUCGAAGUCCCAACUUUCACAACGACAAUAACUCACAAUACGCCAUUUAACACCCCACAUCCACAAACCAAAUCGGAACCACAAAGUACUAAGACGCCCAAACAUCACACGAAUGGUCAUAAUUCAAGCUCCACUACCCACGCCACAACUUCAAGUACGCAGUACAAAAACUUGAGCUCGAGCCCACACGCGACGGGCUCGUACACUCAAUAUGGAAGCAAAAGUUACAGCCUGCCAAAGAUCACGACUCAAAGCCAACACGGAAGUACAAGUUACAAAACUGGGGCCGCAAGCCCAAAAAUGCUACACGAGAACUCUACCUCCACAUCCCGUAGCAUGAAGGCUACAAGUACGCAGACUCAACCUCAAAACUCCACAAACAGCCAGAAACUCACAGGUUCUGUGUUCAUAACUCAACAGCCCAAGUCAACCUCCAGCCAGAAUUCUACAAGUCACAUCCCACCACUCACUUCUUCUCAAAACCAAGCACCGCAACAGACUUCGACCUCCACUUCGCAGCCAACUUCUCAAGGCUCUCAGAAGCCUGAUCCAGAACAGAGCGGUGGCUCCGGAAUCCACGUCCAUACUGCAACACUCAUUGUCCUCACAAAAACUCAAACCUCGACGAUCGUCUCCUCCGAGUCGGAUAGUACUUACACGACGACUGUUCCUGCCUCUACUACUACAAUCACCACUUUCACCACAAUCACUUCCCCGACACCAAUCGGACAAAAUAAGAUAGUGAAGAGGGCAAUUGAGAAGAGAUAA